AAAACUGGUAGGAGACGUCUGGAAGAAAGCGAGUCUCCCGGGUAUUUCAGCACCUAGGCACAAACAGUGGGGCAGUCGACUGACAGCCCCCCGAUUGGUGGGUCUGGAAAGCAGUGAAUUCAACGAGGCGCCGAGCCUGGCUAGGUUGGGGUCGUGGGGGUAACUCUCCAGGUGCUCUUUGCUGGAUCUUGGGGUCUGGGCCACCGGCGCGCCCCGCCCGGCUCUGUCCCCGCAGCCUCGCCGGCUGCCAGGCUUUGUGGUUCGCUCGUGCGGCUGGGCCCCUGCUGGGGGUGUCGUUACGAGCAUGUGCAGACAGCAGCCCAAGCCUUCAGGAUAAUUCCUUCAGCAGCACCGCUGUAACAGAGUGUGACGAAGACAUAGUCUCUUUACAUGAAGAUCAGACUGACUGUUCCAGUCUCAGGGAUGAAGACAAUAAAGAGAAUUACCCAGACGCCCGGGCUUCUGUAGAGGAGCACACGCCGCCCCACGGAGAGGCACCGCAGCAUGUAGAGCAGACGGUGCAGGUGGACUGCGUACUGCGACCCGCCAUGGGCAACUUCAAGUCCAGGAAGCCCAAGUCCAUCUUCAGAACUGAGAGUGGGAGGACCCACGGAGAAAGUCAGGAGACAGAGCACGUGGGGCCCAGCCAGUUGGAGUGCCAGGGCAGAACAGGAACGCCAGUUCAUGAGAGUCCACAGAACAACACCUUCAGGUGUCAAGAAGCAGUUCGACGUCAACCAAGAAUAGACCAGAGGGCUACCAAUUGGCCAAAGGAUGCUUUUGAAACUCAGCAGGACUUAAAUGAGGAAGAAGCUCCCCAGGUGCAUGGAAUCAAGGAGCCAGCCCCCGUGACAACCCAAAGUGUGCCUGCCGAUGAGGCAGAUUCUGCAGACCCCAUGCCAGUCCACAAAGAUGGGCAGAAUGAAGCUGACAGCACACCAGAAGACCUCCAGUCUGUUGGGACCAGCAGGCUGCUUUAUCACAUCACUGAUGGUGACAACCCACUGCUGUCGCCACGAUGCUCCAUCUUUAGCCAAAGCCAGAGAUUCAAUUUAGACCCCGAGUCAGCCCCUUCUCCACCCAGCACUCAGCAGUUCAUGAUGCCCCGAAGUUCUUCUCGGUGUAGCUGUGGUGAUGGCAAGGAGCCACAGACCAUUACCCAGCUCACCAAGCACAUCCAGAGCCUCAAGCGGAAAAUUCGGAAAUUUGAAGAGAAAUUUGAACAAGAAAAGAAAUACCGGCCUUCACAUGGAGACAAGACUUCUAAUCCUGAAGUCCUGAAAUGGAUGAAUGAUUUGGCUAAAGGUCGUAAACAGCUCAAAGAAUUAAAGCUGAAGCUGUCUGAAGAACAGAGGAGUGCUCCCAAAGGCCCACCUAGAAAUCUGUCCUGUGAGCAACCCACGGUCCCCAGAGAAAAUGGGAAGCCAGAAGCUGCAGGCCCUGAGCCAAGCUCCUCUGGAGAGGAAACUUUAGAUGCUGUGUUGACAUGCCUGAAGGAGAAGAGAGAGCACCUUCCUCUGCAGGAGGAUUUUAAGGUAACUAAGCAAGACAAGAACCUCAUAAAGCCUCUUUAUGACCGAUACAGAAUUAUCAAGCAAAUCUUGUCAACGCCUUCCCUUAUUCCAACAAUUCAGGAAGAAGAAGACUCUGAUGAAGAUUGUCCACAGGGAAGCCAACAACAUUCUUUACCAGAUCCAGCAUCUUGCCUUCCUGUCAGUGACCACCUCACCUAUUCUAAUGAAACUGAGCCUGUUAGGGCCCUACCACCUGAUGAAAAGAAGGAAGUAAAACAACCAGCCCUCUCCAUGUCCAAUUUACAUGAAGCAACCAUGCCUGUACUUCUUGAUCAUCUUCGAGAAACUAGGGCUGACAAGAAGAGAUUGCGAAAAGCCCUAAGAGAAUUUGAAGAACAGUUUUUUAAACAAACAGGAAGAAGUCCACAAAAAGAAGAUAGGAUACCAAUGGCAGACGAGUACUAUGAAUACAAGCACAUAAAAGCCAAACUGAGAUUACUAGAGGUCCUUAUCAGCAAGCAAGAUGUGGCCAAAACUAUUUGAGGUUCAGGAAAUGUCUAUGAUCACUUUCACCCAAGAUAAGGUCAAGUGUAUUUCUCUCUACCACUCUUGCUAAGUAGUUCUGACAUACUGAAAAUGUAAGCACUUUAGCUGUAGUAUUAGCUAUUUUUAAGAUGGGAUAAUAAGUGUAAUUAUAUAUGAGAAGGGAUUUAAAUGGGGGAAACAUGCAACAGGUAACCAUCUAACUGAGGGGGAAAAAUUGAGCCUCCUCCAUUCCAAGAAGAAAACUCAGUCAAUAUAAUUAUUUCAAAAUGCAUCCAAUAUUUUGUCAAAUCUAAAUAGUAUAUAGUUGGGCCACAUUUGAUAGGGAAAAUUUAUUAGUGUCCAAAGAUUGUUUAUAUUGAUGUAUGGAAAAAAGCAUGUUUGUUUUGUUUUUCCCAUGAGGAAAACAAAUUCUGCUUUUUGUGAAAGACAGCUAGUACAAAAAAUAAUUUAUUUGAAAUUUCUAAUCAGCUUUUAAGUGAUACAACAUUGACUACCUUGUCCCUUAGUAUGUUAAGCUUUCAAUAUCCUAGAAUAUACUAGAGUGUGUCACUGCUAAUUUUUUUAUUUCUAUAUAAAAAUAACACAUCAUUUUAUGUUAUUUGAAUUUUACAUUUCUGGUUACCAAAGUUCAUUCUGAUAGCAUGUACUUUGUGAAUUAUCUUUUGUCUAUAACUGACAGAUGUUUAUAUUAUUAAAAUUUUAAAAUAGGUAUUUUGGAUAGAUGUGUCUGCAGUAUAAUAAUCUAAUGUGAUCAUAGUAUUAUUGCUAAUCUUUUGUUUACAAUAACUAAAAGUUAUAUAACUAUUUUUCCAUUGGGAAUAUGCAUUUUUCUUAAUGUUCCAAGGUAUAUACUUUGUAAUGUGAAAAAAUUUUCUCAUGCACUGUAGUGAUUCAUUCUAUAUAAAAACGGAAGGUUUGGAAAUUGUUAUAACACCUUGGCAAAGAAGCCAGAAUAUUUUAUUUGCUUCAUCAACAUCAGUGUAUAUUGUUUUGUUAUUUUGUACUAAAUUGCUUUUUUAUAAAAACAAGUAAAAGGUUGACAUUUUUCUCAUGUACCAAUCAUUUUUAUGUAAUGUUUAAGCAUGAAGAAAUUCACAUUUUCAUAUAGUUUGGAUGAGAAUAUUGAUGAUUUCAGAAGCAGACUAUUUCAGAGGCUCAUUUUCUCUGUAUAUUUCAUAACUUUUAUGAAUGAGAAUAAUGUCCUUCAUAAAUUUGUUUAAUUGAAGUCAUCUACUUGGAACAGGACAAAUACACAACUAUUUGAGGUUUACAAAUUACAUCUUUGAUAAGGGAAAUGGUUUCGUGACAUGUAUACAAUUGCUAUUAAAAUGUAACUAUAUAUUCUAUAUGAUUGUAAAUAUUUUAUACAACAAUACAAAUAAAAUAUUUUUCUAUUAUAUUUA